AUGGCUGACCGCAGGACCAGUGGAUGUGAGUGGAGAUCAUUGGCCACAGUCUACGACCCCAUAAGAGUGGGCAGUAUUGANGUCACAUCCGUUGGUCAUCACUGUCUGCGGGCCAAUACAUGGCAUGUGUUUGUGUGCUAUCACUCGAUGGCUGACCGCAGGACCAGUGGAUGUGAGUGGAGAUCAUUGGCCACAGUCUACGACCCCAUAAGAGUGGGCAGUAUUGAUGGCACCGACUCUUCGCCGCACGACAGGGCUUUGAUCCGUGCCAUCCAUUCCAAACAUAUGAUCGACCGAUCCAUCAAAAGUGAUCCCAAGAAGACACUGUUUGUCUCCCGACUCGACUUCAAUACUACCGAAGAGACCAUUCAUAAGCACUUUUCAAAGUACGGAUCGAUAGUAAGCCUGCGUUUAGUGCGGGAUAUCGUGACCGGACUCUCGAAAGGAUACGCUUUCGUCGAAUUCAAGCGCUCGAAGACUGUCGAAGAAGUCUAUGAGAAGACUAACAAUGAUAUGAUUGACGGCCGAAGAGUACUCGUGGACUACGAGUUCGGCCGAACGAUGGAAGGCUGGAAACCGAGACGUCUGGGCGGAGGGUUUGGCGGCCGCAAAGAGUCCGGACAACUGAGG